AUGAGAGUAGGCAUCAUAGGAGCUGGUGCAGCCGGUUUGGCCUCGGCCAGACAAGUUAUUCAGAAGGGCUUCCAUUGCGACGUUUUCGAAAUAGCUGACCAAAUCGGCGGGGUUUGGGUUUACACAGAUCGCGUAGGUCACGAUGAAUACGGAUACCCGGUAUAUUCAGCCAUGUAUCAAAAUCUCAGGACUAAUCUGCCCAAGGAAGUUAUGGGUUUCCCGGAUUUUCCUGUACCGGAUCAGGAGAAGUCCUAUUUAACUCAAAAAGAAGUUCUGCAGUUUUUGAACCAAUACGCGGAUUAUUUCGGGUUGAGUCAGCACGUGAAAUUGAAUUGCAUGGUAACCAACGUUCGCCCUCUACCUAAUAACAAAUGGGAAUUAACGCACGUUUUCAAACAUACUAAUGAAGUUUUCACUGAUGAAUAUGAUGCAAUAAUGGUAUGCAACGGCCACUACAACGAACCCCUCGUACCCACCAUUGAAAAUAUAGAUAAUUACUCUGGGGAGGUAAUACACAGUCACAUAUACCGUUCGGCAGAAAAAUACAAAGAUAAACGGAUACUGACUGUGGGAGCUGGUCCUUCGGGGCUCGAUUUGACUUUGCAAGUCUCCAGAUUCGCGAAAAAAGUUUAUUUCAGCCACCAUUCCGAGCGAGCAUCCGCAACAACAUUCCCUCCUAACGUCGAGCACAUGCCUGAUGUAAAACGAAUCAUCGGAGACAAAACUGUGGAGUUCGUGAACGGUUGUCGUCGCGACAUCGAUGUUAUAUUAUUAUGCACAGGCUACAGGUACAAUUUCCCGUUUCUACACGAGUCCUGCGGUAUCACGAUGGAGGAUAAUUUCAUUCAGCCGCUCUACAAGCACAUGAUACACUUGGAGAAACCGACUUUGAGCUUUAUCGGGAUACCGUUCAACGUUUGUACGUUUCACAUGUUCGAUUUGCAAGCUAGGUACUUUUGCGAGUAUUUAAACGGAUCGAUGAGCCUUCCUUCGACGGAGGAAAUGCGACGACUUACUGAUGAGGAAAUGCGGCUGAGAUGGGACACGGGAUUAUCAAAGAAGAACUCCCACAUGAUGGGGAAGUACCAGGAGAGCUAUUACAAUGACUUGGCGAAAGAUGCAAACAUUGAGACGAUUUCCCCUGUGUACGUUAAAUUGCGCGACAUUAGCAUUAGCAAUUUGUACACCGAUUUGAUGAAUUUUAGGGAUAUCAAGUACAAAAUUAUCGACGAUGAAAAUUAUAUUAAAUUUAAUUAG